UUUUUCAUAGAAAAACAAAAAAGUUUCCUUGUCAUGCUAGUAGGAGGGUUCAUUGAGAGUGUUGUUCCUUCCGUGUCUCGUCUUUCCCUUGGCAUCAAUGGCGAAGACACUACUCACUCAUAACCUAAGCUUACAAAUACACACUCUCAGACCUUCAUCUAUCCUUCUUCAUCAAUGUCACCGCAACUCCACUCACGCGGGUCCCACAGUCCACGACCUCGUUCGUGCCCGGAACCUCCCAGAAGCCCAAUCCCUCCUCCUCCGAAUGAUCCGAAAACGCGGCGUUUCGCGCCCCCAACUCAUCGAUUCCCUCCUUCCUUCUUCUCCCAGUUCCACUCACACCAACGCCACCGUUCUCGAUUUGCUCAUCAGAACCUACGUUCAGUCGCGGAAGCUUCGAGAAGGCUCGGAAGCCUUCCGCUUGCUGAGGCAAAAGGGCUUCUCCGUUUCCAUCAACGCCUCCAACGCGCUUCUGGGCGCGUUGGUCAAAGUGGGGUGGGUCGACUUGGCAUGGACAGUGUACGAGGAUGUUGUCGCAAGUGGCACAACGGUAAAUGUCUACACUCUCAACAUCAUGGUCAAUGCUUUGUGUAAAGAGGCCAGGUUCGACAAGGUUAAGGUUUUCUUGUCCCAAAUGGAGGGGAAAGGUGUUUUCCCUGAUGUUGUAACUUAUAACACUUUAAUCAACGCGCAUUCUCGUCAGGGUAAUGUGGCAGAGGCUUUUGAGCUGUUGAACUCGAUGUGGGGCCUCGGCUUGAAGCCUGGGGUUUAUACUUAUAAUGCUAUUGUUAAUGGGUUGUGUAAGAAGGGGGAUUAUGUGAGAGCGAGGGGUGUUUUUGAUGAGAUGUUGGGGAUGGGGUUGAGUCCUGAUGCUGCCACUUUUAAUCCCUUGCUUGUGGAAUGUUGUAGGAAGGAUGAUGCUUGUGAGGCUGAGAAUGUUUUUGAUGAAAUGUUGCGGUACGGGGUUGUUCCUGAUUUGAUUAGUUUUGGAUCUGUGAUUGGGGUGUUCUCCAGGAACGGGCUCUUCGAUAAGGCGUUGGAGUAUUUUGGGAAGAUGAAGGGUUCUGGAUUGGUUGCUGAUACGGUGAUUUAUACCAUUCUUAUUGACGGGUAUUGCAGGAAUGGCAAUGUGGCUGAGGCAUUGGCCAUGCGGAACGAGAUGGUUGAAAAGGGUUGCUUUAUGGAUGUGGUUACGUAUAAUACUCUGCUGAAUGGGUUGUGUAGGGGGAAGAUGCUUGGUGAUGCCGAUGAGUUGUUUAAGGAGAUGGUGGAGAGGGGAGUUUUUCCGGAUUACUAUACCCUUACCACUCUCAUUCAUGGGUAUUGUAAGGAUGGGAACAUGAGUAGGGCACUUGGUUUGUUUGAGACGAUGACUCAAAGGAGCCUUAAGCCGGAUGUUGUGACAUAUAAUACAUUGAUGGAUGGCUUUUGCAAGAUUGGUGAAAUGGAGAAAGCUAAGGAGUUGUGGCGUGACAUGGUGAGCAGGGGGAUAUUGCCCAACUAUGUAUCGUUUAGCAUUUUGAUAAAUGGGUUUUGCAGUUUAGGACUUAUGGGUGAGGCAUUCAGGGUGUGGGAUGAAAUGAUAGAAAAAGGUGUUAAGCCCACUUUGGUUACUUGCAACACUGUUAUAAAGGGCCAUUUGCGGGCUGGCAAUGUGUUAAAGGCAAAUGACUUCUUCGAAAAGAUGAUUUUGGAAGGAGUUUCUCCUGAUUGCAUCACGUAUAAUACUCUUAUAAAUGGUUUUGUAAAGGAAGAGAAUUUCGACAGGGCUUUUGUCUUGGUUAAUAACAUGGAAGAAAAAGGGCUACUGCCAGAUGUCAUCACUUAUAAUGCAAUUCUCGGUGGAUAUUGUAGGCAAGGCAGAAUGCGGGAGGCUGAGAUGGUGUUACGCAAGAUGAUUGACUGUGGCAUCAAUCCUGAUAAAUCAACAUACACAUCAUUGAUAAAUGGGCAUGUAUCUCUAGACAACUUGAAAGAAGCAUUCCGUUUCCACGAUGAAAUGCUGCAAAGGGGAUUUGUGCCAGACGACAAAUUCUGAUGCUUUUACCGCUGCAGCUCUUGUUACAAAUACCUGAUAUAAAAGAUCUAGUUGUGGACUAUGCCUAUGCCACACUGGUUCUGGUUCUGUAUAUCACAGGAAGCACAACCCUGGGGGAUGUCUUAUGAGCCCAAACAUAAAAGUUGAGCCUUCCUGCCCUGGAGCUAGGAGGGGGAGUCCACCAUCUUUCAUGAACUUCAGACUAAUGUUUUUGUAAGUAUAUUUUAUUGAAGGGGAAGCCUGGAAGUCAUUGCAAUUAUGAAGCGUAGCGUGGGAGUUGAAGCAUUCUUUUUUCUUGCUCUCAUGUAGCACGAGAGGGGUCACUGGUUACCACCUAAGGUCUGGUUCAAGCUAGUUUUAAUACAACAAUCACAUUCCAAUUAAAGUUUAUUUAACAGAUACACAGAAAUGAUGUGGAAUUGACUGUGGUUGGUUAGACUGAUAUAAUCAUAUCCAUCUUUGGGGUAUACUUUUUGACAGUUAGAAAAGGAGCUAACAAAUUGUAGAUUUUUUUUGUGAUUUUUUGAAGACGAUCCACAUGAAAUUGCUUUCCCAAUUUUGAACUCUUUCCGUAUUGUUAAAGUGUUUGUAUAUCCACUGGUUAAGAGGGAUGUAAUCUUUUGGCACAUUAAUUGCAUCUGCAUUGUGACUUGAAGGCCGUAAAUUCAAAUCCUAGAAACAGUCUGUUAGGACUUUGGAAGUUAGGAUCCAAUUGCAAGGUAUGGACUUGAUUGUAAGUAUGACAUUUUAGUGUGGGAUUUAUAACAACAACUAGUUUUUGUGUUGUGGUUCUUCUAAGGUUCUCAUCAAUUGUAUCAGAGCCUUACACUAUGUCUCCCAGCUGCAAACAAGUGGUGCUGGUUGCGAUGAUGGCAUUGCAGUGUUUGACUGGAGCUAUACAUGGGAGCAGGGGCUGUGGCCUGUGGAGUGUGGUGGAAUGUUGGGGUCCAAUUUCAAGGUAUGGAACUUGAAUCCUAUGGGAUUCUAAUGUAAGGUUUAUGUGGCUUUGGACUCUCUCCAGCUACAAUGGCUAGCUUUUGUGGUAUGGUUUCCCGUCAUAUUAAAUAUACAUACUCUUCACACAUUUGAUGUUUCGGGAGAUUGUGAUACUGUUUGAAGUCCACACUUAGUAUGAGGAGCUUCAGCAACUUCAUUAGAUAAGCAAAUCAGCUAGUACUUUCGUUAACACAUUUGCAUGAUGUAAACAUGCCAGCAGUAGAUGGUAUGUUGUCUGUGAUUCUUGACACUGGCAUAACAACAGCAUGCUACUUAGUUCUAAUGAGCUAUCACGGGCUGUCUUGGAUAGUUGGAUUUAAUUCCUCUGAAACAAAACUGUGCAACUGUAUCCAAUGGUUGAGAUUAUGAUAAAAUACACGUACUAUGUGAUAAACUAUGGAAGUUGUUAAAAUUUCAGUUGUCAAUGUUUUAAUCAACGAUUAUAGCUGC